AUCGUCGAGCGUGACCCUCCCCCAAAGCUCCCUGGUUGUUCUACCACCGGCGAUAGAAAGUGGCAGCCUGCAAUGGACUUUGACACCGAUGGCUGCUACAACACGCCCGCAAUUGGCAUUGACGGAGUCCUCAAUCCUGGCAUGAACAACUGCUACACCACUGGACCAUCCGGUUGCAGAGAUGAGAGCGAUCUUGACAAUAACAACGUCUACGUGCGUGCCCGAUGCAAUAAUGGAUGGUGUGCGCACAUCUACGGCUACUACUUUGAGAAAGACGUCAACCUGGAGCACGUCUGCGGCGUGGGCGCCGGCCACAGAAAUGACUGGGAGCACGUUGUGGUCUGGGUCCAGAACGAUGUUGCCAAGUACGUCGCGGUCUCUGCUCAUGGAGACUACGAGGUACGACCCAUUGAGGAUGUGCUCUUGGACGCAGACACACACCCCAAGGUUGUCUACCACCGAGCUGGUGCGCAGACGCACUCAUUCCGCUUUGGCGACACGCCCGACGACGGUAUCGAGAACCACAAGGGUGUUUGGUUCUACGGCGACCUCGUCAGCUACCUGGGCUUUCCGUCUAACGAGCUCCGCGAUACCAUGCUGAACAAUGACUGGGGCUCUGCUGCUAUCGACUUCAAGGACAGCCGGAUCGCAGAUGCGCUUAACAAGGCCAAAGGGGGCAAGGAGAUUCCUCUGGAUACCACUUUUGAUGAU